AUGGAGAAAGAGAGAUUUUCAUUAUUGCAAUUAGACCCAGGUGAAAUUUACUUCGAGGAUUUUAGUGCAAUUUUUAUACCACCAGAUACAACACCAAAGACAUACGAUACUAAAAAACAGGAUGGCAGAUUAAAAAUGUGCUCCAAAUCUCUGGUCUUCGAUCCGAAGGAUAUAUCUAAACCAAUAAUUAAAAUUUUAUUCAAAGAUUGUGUUGUUAUAGAGCAAUGGAAAGGCACUGCCAAAUUUUUAAACAGUAACAAUAAUGUGAUGAGUGUAAACUGUAAGGAAUAUAUAGAACUUCUGGAAAAAAAUAUCGUAGCUCCAUACCAAUUUAGAAAGCCUGCAAAUUUUUUAUUUCUACUUAAUUAUGCUAAUGUUAUGAAUUGUUUACCACAAGUUUGUCAGCUGCACAGAGCUAGUAGUUUACCAGCUGCUGAACAAGCUGAUAUGAUAGCAACUAUUGUACAUUCUAGACAAUCCAGGGAUGUGUUUGACCCAAGAUGGAUGGAUUUGUAUGAAAAAGUUGUACUAGAAUCACAUGCGGAUAAAGUUACUCCAUUGGUAGUUAACCCUGGCCGUAUAGUAUUAUCAACAUCAAAAUUAUAUUUUCAACCAUACAACAAAAUGGGAGAGUAUCCUGUGAAAAUAAACCUCAGCAGUAUUAAACAAAUUGUUAAACGAAGGUUUUUGUUACGGCAAAUUGGAUUAGAAAUAUACUGUAAUGAUAAUUCGCCGACUCCUCAUACGUAUUUUUCAUUUCGUAAUCAGAUUGCAAGGGAUGAAUUAUAUGAUAAUUUAUUAAAGCAACCGGAACUUAAAUUGAAUGAAAUACAGCAGGAUAUUAUAACAUUGCAAUGGCAAAAUGGUAUUAUAUCCAAUUAUGAUUAUUUGCUUUAUGUUAACAGUUUAGGAGAUAGAACAUUCAAUGACUUAACUCAGUAUCCCGUCUUUCCUUGGAUAAUUUCAAAUUAUAAUGGAGACAAAUUAGAUUUAAAUGAUCCGAUUAACUAUCGCGAUCUUUCUAAACCUGUGGGUGCCUUAAAUGAAGUUCGCCUCAACCGUUUACUGGAAAGAUAUCAAGAAAUGCCUAAUAACAAAUUUUUAUAUGGUUCCCACUAUUCGACUCCUGGAUUUGUGCUGUAUUACUUAGCUAGACUUUAUCCACACUAUGUAUUGUGCUUGCAAAGUGGCAGAUUUGACCAUCCGGAUAGAAUGUUUAACUCGGUGGCAGACGCUUACAAGAAUUGUCUAAACAAUAUGUCGGACUUUAAAGAACUCAUUCCGCAGUUUUAUGAUGUUUCAGAAGAGGGCAAGUUUUUAGUGAACGGUAUGGGCAUCAAUUUCGGUUAUCGUCACAAUAAUAUAAAAGUAGGUGAUGUUGAAUUACCUCCAUGGUGUAGUGGUCCACAAGAUUUUAUUCUUAAAUUGAGAGACGCUUUAGAAAGUGACAUUGUUUCUGAGAAUUUACAUAAAUGGAUUGAUCUCAUAUUUGGUUAUAAGCAGAGAGGCGAGGAAGCUGUCAAAGCGAAUAAUUUGUUUUAUCAUCUUUGUUACGAAGGAGCAAUAGAUUUAGACGCAAUAACGGAUCUUAAUCAAAGGCAUGCUUUAGAAGUACAAAUAAUGGAAUUUGGGCAAAUUCCAAAGCAAGUUUUUAAAGUUCCUCAUCCUCAACGAAAAAUUGGUUACAGCAUACAAACUGAACCGUAUCAAAUUAAAGAAAUUCAAACAAAUUGCGAAGGUAUAUGGAAAGAAGCAACCGAUCUAGAGUUCGUAACAAGUUUUAAUUCUCAUAAAAAUACAGUUAGUGAUUUAUUUAUCAGUGAAGAUGGUACAAAAAUUACAUCCGUAGGCCACGAUUCAAAACUGAAAGUAUUUUCCCUUCCACAAAACAAACAAAUUAGAUCUGCUAAUAUUGGAAGGAUGCCUUUGAGUAGUUGUAUCCAGUUACCGAAUGCUAACGUGCUCGUUAUAGCCAGUUGGGACAAUGGAAUUUCUUUAUAUGAUUUGGAUUACGGCAGGGUAAUAGAGAAUGUACUAGCGCACGAAGAUGCCAUUACGUGCUUAUGUUUCGAUCAGGAAUCUAAUCUUCUUGUAUCCGGUAGUGGAGAUUGUACAGUAAAAGUAUGGAAAGGCUUAAACAAUAAUGGACACAUUAAACCGAUACAAUGCCUUCAGAAACAAAUCGAUCAUAAUUCGCAAGUCAACUGUCUCAGCUUCAACAGUACUAACCAUCAUUUAGCCGUUGGCACAGAGGAUGGAGACGUUUAUGUAUGGGACAUGUCAACGUUCUUGUUAUUCAAAAAAUACAUCCAAUCUUCCAGUAUUACCGCAAUUAAUUAUAGUCCAGAUGGAAUGAAACUUGCUAUCGGUAGUCGAGAUAUGACUUUUCAAAUAAUUGAUGUGAAUACGGGUCUGUCAGUUUUCAGCAAAAUUCUAAAUUCGGUUGUUACAAGCCUGAUGUGGCGCGAUUAUUUACUUGUGAUUGGUUGUGAAGAUGGUACAUUGUCGUUGUGGGACAUUUUCGAAGUCAGACUUCUUUUAGAAAUUGAAGCCCAUACGAGUGCUAUCAAAACCAUAGACAUUUCGUCGUUGAAAGAUUUUAUAGUUACUGGUGGCCAAGACAGGUCAAUUAAAGUGUGGAGACCAAAAUUAAUUUCAUAA